UGAAAGAGUAGCAACAGUUGAACCCUUGUGUUUCGUUCCUUCUUUCCCUCAACGAACCAUUUCCAUUCACAAAUUUCAAAUGUUGCUGAGGCGUUUCUCAUUUCAAUCCCCGUCGAAUUACAUUCCUCCCUCAACCCUAAUUCGGCACCGCCUCUUAAGCUCCAACCAAAACGACGACGUACAGAAAGUCUUCGGCAUACUCAGUAGCACCUCCACACCGGAACAGCUGAAACAAUCCCUCAAAUCAAGCGGCGUUUUCCUCUCCAACGACGUAAUCGACCAAGUCCUGAAACGCGUCCGCUUCAGCCACGGUAACCCCUCCCAAACCCUCGAGUUUUUCCGUUACACCGGCAGAAGAAAAGGGUUUUACCACUCCUCGUUUUCCCUCGACACCAUGCUCUACAUCCUUGGCAGAAGCCGCAUGUUCGGCCAAGUUUGGGAGCUCCUAAUCGAAGCGCGUCGGAAGGACCAAACGGCCAUAACGGCGCGCACCGUUAUGGUCGUGUUGGGCAGGAUCGCCAAAGUGUGUUCCGUUAGGCAAACGGUGGAGUCGUUUAGGAAGUUCAGGAAGCUGGUGCAAGAGUUCGAUACUAACUGUUUUAACGCUCUUUUGAGAACGCUGUGCCAGGAGAAGAGCAUGGCCGAUGCUAGAAACGUGUAUCAUAGUUUGAAGCAUAGGUUUCGUCCAAAUUUGCAUACUUUUAACAUUCUUCUUUCCGGGUGGAAGACCCCUGAGGAUGCUGACUUGUUCUUUAAGGAGAUGAAGGAAAUGGGAGUGACGCCUGAUGUUGUUACGUACAAUAGUUUGAUGGAUGUUUAUUGCAAGGGGAGGGAAAUUGAGAAGGCCUAUAAGAUGCUUGAUGAAAUGCGUGACCAGGAUUUUUCGCCGGAUGUGAUCACGUAUACUUGUAUCAUCGGUGGAUUGGGGUUGAUUGGACAGCCUGAUAAGGCUAGGAAUGUUUUGAAGGAGAUGAAGGAGUAUGGGUGUUACCCUGAUGCUGCGGCUUACAAUGCUGCCAUCAGGAACUUUUGCAUUGCAAAGAGGCUUGGUGAUGCUCAUGGGUUGGUGGAGGAGAUGGUGACCAAGGGUUUGAGUCCGAAUGCAACGACUUACAAUUUGUUCUUUAGGGUUUUUUACUGGUCCAAUGAUUUGCAGAGCUCUUGGAACAUGUACCAGAGGAUGAUGGUUGAGGGGUGCCUUCCGAACACGCAGUCUUGUAUGUUCUUGAUAAGGUUGUUUAGGAGGCAUGAGAAGGUGGAGAUGGCGCUGCAGUUCUGGGGUGACAUGGUGGAGAAGGGUUUUGGGUCAUAUACAUUGGUUUCUGAUGUGCUGUUUGAUUUGCUUUGUGAUAUGGGGAAGUUGGAGGAAGCAGAGAAGUGUUUCUUGGAGAUGGUUGAGAAGGGGCAGAAGCCAAGUCAUGUGUCGUUUAGGAGAAUCAAGGUUCUCAUGGAACUAGCGAAUAGACAUGAGGCCCUUCAGAGCUUGAUGCAGAAAAUGGCCAUGUUUGGGCGACCACUCCAAGUGGAUCAAAGUACGGUGAACCCAGCUGAGACGUCAGAUUCUCUCUUUACUAAAAGUUAGAACUGAUGAUGGCAAAAUGAAAGGAAGAGCCAGGGGUCUUGAACUGUGGCAGAAGUUGUAGGAAACAUGACCCAGAGACCAGUUAUGCCUUUUGGAAUGAGUUGUGAAAUGUGUCCGAAGAUUCAAGAAAAAUAGCUCAGAUAAGACGGUUGAACAGUUAUUUGGGUGAGUCAGUAUAGCAAAGAUUAGGCAUUCUAAGUAAUGGGGGAGUUUAUUGGCUCCACUGAGACUAAUCAGGAUCAGCUGUUUGCUCGAAUUGUCGCCUAUGCUUUCCAGGAAUAAAAUGCGCACAAGUUGUCGAGCAUUUUGCAGAAUAGAACUGUUUGGAAGUGGUAAGCUUGCAUGUUACUGUCAUUCCUUUGGUAAUCUGUUACUCUUCUGGGAACUCUUACUCCAAGCAUACAAUCAUGUUCAUCAGGACUUGGGAGGUCAGGAACUAACGAGGUUCUGAUAGUUAGUAUUGGCCUUUAGACGUUGUUUUUUCCUUUCAAAACCUGUAAGAAGUUUUCCAAAGUUUGAAUUCGAUGGCUUUUUAUGAUCAACUUUACAACCUGGAAAUUUGAAGAUUUGGAUCCUUUCUUGUAAACCAAUCUGUGUGUAUAAACAAUGUGAUCACUUGUCAUGGACCCCCUUCAUACCAACUACCAACAUGAAGUUUCAGUGAUACUUUCCUUUUUGUGUAAACCUUCUCUGUAUACCUACCUGGUUGUUUAAACUAUUACCAUUCUCCAGUUUGAGUCUUUGUUUUUGUCCCCAAUUCAACACAAAUGAAAAUGAUCUUAAAUCGUUUAACACCUGCGUUGAGGUAUCUUGAAGAUGGAUGAGGUGAUCAAAAGCUCA